AUUUGCCGUUCACAUAAAUUAAGAAACACUGUGAGCAGCUGCACAAAGUAAAUAAAAAAUUAAAUAAAAGGGUAAUAAAUAAAAACAAACUAAUAAAGUUUUGGAAAGUGUACACUCUAAUCAUCAAGCAUAAGGAGGUUUCCACGAGGCAGAGCCUCACUUUUUCCGAAUUUUCCUGCAGCUGCGCAACUUGCCAAGAAAAAAAACAACAACUCUCAUAGACAGAACAUGGAGGGCGAUUCGGAAAAUCGCAAGGAUCAAAUCCUCGAGCGACUGAACAAAAGGAACAAAGACAGGCAAAACUAUUUGGAUGUCAAAUCGGAGCAGCGUUCCAAGGAAUCGGUGCAAAACGAGGGCGUCGACUACUUCUCCCAGACUUUUGGGCAGAGAACCAUCGACAUAGAACAGCGGCUGAAGGAUAUACAAUGUGGAGAUGCCCCGCCCACUGAUUUAGGUCGGCAGUUUGCGGAUAUAACCCUGCAGAUCCAGGAACUGCAGCGAUACCUCACCGCCUCCACAAUGUUCCUCUCCGAUUUUAAGAUCAAAUCGUGUCAGAAUAUCCUGAACACCCUGACUUCCGCCAGCGAUGAAACCCGCCAACGCCUGAUGCCCAAGAAGAAGUUCGGUUUCAGUGGCAAAAAGACAGCCAGCAAGCAGAAGUCAACAGCAAAUAAGGAUGCAGUCGAUGCGAAAUCCAGCAAAGUCCCCGAAAAACCUGGCUCCAACUUCAGCUGGACAAUAGCCAAUCGAAGGAAGGAGCACGUAGUCCUGGAUUCCAGCCAAGUUAACGGUCAGGAUAUAACCAUCUCGAAUAUAAGCCACUGUUUGGUUGAGCUGCAAGGACAUCCGGGCUCCGUGCAGGUUUCCAAAGCCUCGCAGUGCACCCUGCUUUGCGGUCCCAUCGCACGGUCCUUCUUCGCCGAGAACCUGGAGAAGUGCACCCUCUCCGUUGCCUGUCAGCAGCUAAGGCUGCACUCAUCCGGCGUUGUUCGCAUAUAUCUGCAUGUCACCUGCCGCGCCAUUAUUGAGGAUUGCAAGGACAUCGAGAUCGGGGAGUUUAACUACGACUAUCCUGAACUAGAGGCCGAUUAUCUGGCUUCUGGGCUAAAUAAGUCGCAAAACAACUACACAGAUGUAGCCGAUUUCAACUGGCUAUCGCCGGAUGUCCCUUCGCCCAAUUGGAGCCUUCUUAAGGACCACCCCGAUCCAAAUUGGAACGCCUUGCGGCGGGACUUCGUCGCCAAUAACAACAACAAUGGCCACAAACAGGAUGGCAAUACGAACAAGGAUAUUUCCAUCAUUUAGUGGCGGCAUCGGCGGCUGCUCCUCGGUUGGCUCGCCUACGGAUUCGUCCUGGGCUGGCUGCUCUGGGAAAUGCUGCUGAGGCCCCCAACUACUGGGCCUAAAAUAUAUCGAUCUGUGUAAAUAGCAUUAAGCGUUUGAAUAAAUAACCAAUGUAACUAAAAAUAGGCAGUUAGGUCUUCGUGGAAAUUUAAAGCAGGUUUUUAAGGUUAAAAAACUCAUAUUUUUGAAAUAAUUAUAAAGUUAAAAGUAU